CUCAGCCCGGGGCGGGACAGAGAGUGGCUCUCCCCCGGCCAGAGGUGUCUGAGCUCUAGAGAGCCCUAGUUUCUGCGGCCUGAGGGGCAGCGGCAGUGAUGGAGACGGAUGUUGCGCGGGAGCCCGAGACGAUUGAAGUGCUGUCUCAGCACAAGUUCGACUGUAGGUCCCUGGAGAACUACCUAAACCAGCACCUGCCCGGCUUCCGGGCCGGGGCCGAGCCCGAGGCCAAGUUGACCGUGGCCCAGUACAGAUCAGGACAGUCCAACCCAACCUUUUAUCUCCAGAAGGGCUUUCAAGCAUAUGUGCUCAGAAAAAAACCACCUGGCUCACUUCUUCCUAAAGCACAUAAGAUUGAUAGAGAAUUUAAAGUCCAGAAAGCUUUGUUUUCAGUUGGAUUCCCUGUUCCUAAGCCUUUAUUGUACUGCAACGAUGCUUCUGUCAUUGGAACAGAAUUUUACAUAAUGGAACAUGUGCAGGGUCGAAUCUUUCGUGAUUUCUCAAUUCCUGGAGUUAGCCCAGCAGAACGCUCAGCCAUAUAUGUGGCCAUGGUAGAAACCUUGGCUCGGUUACAUUCCUUGAAUAUACAGUCCUUGCAGCUGGAAGGAUAUGGUAGAGGUGCUGGGUACUGCAAAAGACAGGUAUCAACCUGGACCGAGCAAUAUCAAGCUGCAGCUCAUCAGGACAUCCCUGCCAUGAACCAGCUGUCUGACUGGCUGAUGAAAAAUUUGCCAGAUAAUGACAACGAAGAAAAUUUGAUUCAUGGCGAUUUCAAACUAGAUAACAUAGUUUUCCACCCUAAAGAGUCUCGAGUUAUAGCUGUACUGGAUUGGGAGCUUUCAACCAUUGGUCAUCCUUUGACAGACUUAGCUUAUCUCACCAUGUUCUGCUUUUGGCCGAGGAGAGUUCCACUGAUAAAUCAAAUUUCUAAUUUGCAAGAAAACAAAGGGAUUCCAUCAAUGGAAGAACUAAUUUCAAUAUAUUGCCACUGUAGGGGAAUUAAUUCUAUUCUUCCUAACUGGAAUUUCUUUCUUGCCCUUUCACAUUUUAAAAUGGCUGGAAUAGCACAGGGAGUAUAUAGGAGAUACCUUCUGGGAAAUAAUGCAUCUGAGGAUAGCUUUCUGUUUGCCAGUAUUGUGCAACCUCUGGCAAAAACUGGAUUACAACUCUCAAAAAGAACUUUCAGUACUCCACUACCACAGACUGAUGCUGCAGGACAGUUGUUUGGACAGACAAGGACAGGCCAGGAAGUUCUUACUAGGGUGAAGCAUUUCAUGAAACAACACAUUCUUCCAGCUGAAAAGGAGGUAAUUGAAUUCUUUGUUCAAAAUAAAAAUUCAGUGGACGAGUGGAAGAAGCCUUUAGUGAUUGAUAAACUCAAGGAAAUGGCCAAAGCAGAAGGCCUCUGGAACUUGUUUUUGCCAGCUGUAAGUGGUCUCAGCCAGGUGGACUAUGCCUUGAUUGCUGAAGAAACAGGAAAAUGCUUUUUUGCUCCAGAUGUGUUUAACUGCCAAGCACCAGACACAGGGAACAUGGAGGUGCUCCACCUGUAUGGAAGUGAAAAGCAGAAGCAGCAGUGGCUUGAGCCUCUUCUUCAAGGGAGCAUUGCCUCCUGCUUCUGUAUGACAGAGCCGGAUGUAGCUUCAAGUGAUGCCACAAAUAUUGAAUGUAACAUCCAACGAGAUGGGGACAGCUAUGUAAUUAAUGGCAAGAAAUGGUGGAGCAGUGGAGCUGGGAAUCCAAACUGCAAAAUUGCAAUUGUUUUGGGAAGAACUAAAAAUAACUCUGCCAGCAGACACAAACAACACAGCAUGAUUCUUGUUCCUAUCAACACACCUGGAGUAGAAGUAAUACGGCCAUUGUCAGUUUUUGGCUAUAUGGAUAAUUUUCAUGGAGGACAUUUUGAGAUCCAUUUUAAUCAAGUGCGAGUUCCUGCCUCCAAUUUAAUACUAGGUGAAGGUAGGGGAUUUGAAAUUGCCCAAGGCCGCCUUGGACCUGGCAGAAUCCACCACUGUAUGAGAACAGUAGGUUUGGCAGAAUGCGCUUUGCAGAUCAUGUGUGAACGGGCAACACAAAGGGUGGCCUUUAAGAAGAAACUUUAUUCACAUGAGGUGGUGGCUCACUGGAUUGCUGAAAGCCGCAUUGCUAUUGAGGAGAUCCGCUUGUUGACCCUAAAAGCAGCCCACAGCAUUGACACUCUGGGCAGUGCUGGAGCUAAGAAGGAGAUUGCAAUGAUUAAAGUGGCUGCCCCUCGGGCCGUCUGCAAAAUCAUUGACCGGGCCAUCCAAGUGUGUGGAGGUGCAGGCGUUUCCCAGGAUUAUCCUCUGGCUAACAUGUAUGCCCUAACGCGAACUUUGCGCUUAGCAGAUGGGCCGGAUGAAGUCCACCUCUCAGCAAUCGCAGCGAUGGAGCUGCGGGACCAAGCCUUGAGAGCCAAGGUGUAGGGAGGGGAGCCGCCUCACCUUUAGACAGUCGUCACGGGCUCCAGCAUUGGAAUCUUCUUCUAGUUUUGCAGCAGCUUGAGCACAGGAUUACUCACUUUGGGUAAAGAUUUGAUCUUUUUUGACCAUCUGUCUUGAUGAGUAGGUUUAUAAUUUCAAGGGUCACACGGGUUAAAGUUAAAGAAGAAAUUCCAUAGCUGUCAUCAUUCAGUCUCAUUCCUAAGUUUUUAGCAUUUAUGUUUUAAACACGCAACUUGUAAAGAGAUAAUGAGCUAAAUUGGAGAACUAAAGCAUAGGUAGAAAAAUAUUUUCACAUUUUGAUUCUCAGGAAUUGUUCCAUUUAGAUAAGUAUUCAAGGAAUAUUUAAUCAUUACUUCGUAAAAAAUAUAGCGGGAUCUCCUUUUUAACACUGGUUUCAGCGAUUGGUUUAACACUUUGUAGUAAUGUUUGCACUGGAGAAAGGCGCAUGACUGAUUGGGUCAUUUCAGAGUUCCUAUCAUCAUAAGCCUCUUCAUAAUUCAACGGAAGCAUUUAUACAUAAAAUCUGAAUGCAGCUUAAAGGUUUCUAGAAAACAUGGCAUAUUAUGAGGAAAUAAGACUAGGAAAAUUUUAAAUUAUUUAUAAUAUGUUGAUGAGAACAGUGAAGAGUUUAAGCUACGAGGAAGUGAUUUUGCUUUGAGAAGAGAUCAGAGACAGUCCGCUCUGAAUGCCAUCCUGUUAACAGCCUCAGCCGAAGCAACAUCUGUGUGGCUCUUACAUCACCGCUGUCCAGAACAGCAGCCUUUGGCUGCAUGGGACUCUUGAGCACUUGAACUGUAGCUAGUGCAACUGGGGAACUGAAUUUUUAUUUUUUUAAAUUUUAAUUAAUUUAAAUAUUGAUUCUCAACUCAGUUACUGGAAAACUUUUAAGUAUGCUUGGAAUAACUUGGGUAUGUGAAUUUACUUUUUCAAAUGUAAAUUUUAUGAAAUCUAAAUACAGAGCAAGUAUUUUGAAUGAAAAUUUAGCAUCUGAAUUAAAAGACAAAGUGUAAAAUCACCAAAUUUUGCAGAAAUUUUAGUAUGAAAAAAGUAAAAUAUCAUAAUAAAUACUUUUUAAGUAUUGAUUACAUGUUGAAAUGAUAAAAUCUGGAAAUAUUGAAUUAAA